AUGAACCAGAUAUCCCCCCUCAUGCGGAUUCCCGCCGAGCUCCGCGUGCUCAUCUACGAGUACCUCCUCGACGACGGCGGCAACACACAGAUCGAGAUUCGAAACAAGCCACGGCAGGGUUGCGAAUGCACAGAACCACACGGUGGCCAGCGACGCUCGCGCUACCGCGUCAUCGAGAAGAAUUUCCACCAAGACUGCUACGAGACGACCUACGUCCUCGCCUCCAAGGCGGCCCUGCACGUCGGCAUCAUGGCGACGAACCGGCACAUGUACGCCGAGACGUCGUACAUGCUCUACGGCCACCACACGUUCAGCUUUGGCAGCGACGUCGAGGCCGUGGCGCCCUUUGUGCGCGACCUCUCGCCGCACGCGCGCAGCCUCGUCGGCGGCGUCGCGCUGCGCAAGAGCAACGCCCUCUUCACGUCCGAGUCGGACCGCCUCGACUGGGCCUUCAUGUGCCAGACGCUGCGGGACCUGCUGCCGUCGCUGCGCCGCCUGCGCCUCGCCGUCGAGGGCGGGCGUCCCUCGAAGCCCGGCGCCAGCGGCGGCGGGCUGCUCAGGGCGCUCGAGGCGUCGGACCUGCGCCUGCUGGGCCACAUUCAGCACGACAGCGUCCAGUGGAUCGCUGCGCUCGCGGGGCUCGCCAAGGGAGCCCGCCUCGAGGUCGUCGAGGUCGUGCCGGAGCUGAAGUACAUGCCGGCGCCGCAGACGACGGCCGCCAUCUUGUAUGCUUCGUUCUCAGCCGCCAUUGGCACGGCGUUUGUCGAGCAUCUACGUGACGACUGCGGGCUCCCAGCCGUGGCGUGGCCUCAGCCGUAG